CAGAAAGAAUCCAUAUUUCUAGGGUUUUGUUAUUUGUACAUCUGAGACCCUGUAGCCUCUCCAAAAGUUUUCUCAAGAAGACAGACUCCAUCACCGACUGUAGCAGGUAGCAGCCAUGGCUUCCACCAAAGUCCAGAGGAUCAUGACCCAGCCGAUCAAUCUUAUUUUUAGGUUCCUUCAGAGUAAAGCUCGCAUUCAGAUAUGGCUUUUCGAGCAGAAGGACUUGAGGAUUGAAGGCCGGAUUAUUGGGUUUGACGAGUACAUGAAUUUGGUUUUGGAUGAUGCUGAGGAGGUCAACAUAAAGAAGAAGAGCAGAAAAGCUUUGGGGAGGAUCCUUCUUAAAGGGGAUAACAUCACGCUGAUGAUGAACACGGGGAAAUGAUGAGAAAAUUCAAAUGGUGCUCAGAAUGGCAGGUGUUUUUUGGUUGGCAUUGGUUGCGGAGCAGGGGAAUUGAGAUAGUAUGGACAUUUGUUUGUGUUGAUGUACUUUUAGAUUCUAAAACAGCAAGAUUCUUGCAUAUCUUUGUAUAUUGCCCUUGAUCUUCCUGAGACUGGGUGUGUUGAUUGCGUUGAUCUUACAUUUGCUUCUUCCCCCGUAGCCAUAAAAUUGACAAAUGGGCGAGAUGUUACAAGUGCUGCUGCUUUUGUAGAAACCCAGAAUUGCUACAAGUGCUGCUGCUUAAGAUGAAUUGUUUUGUUGAGUGUGU